AGGAGCGGAGCCCGGAGCAGACGCGGAGGAGCCGCUCCCGCCCCGCUCCCGGUGCUCCGGUAUGAGGCUCCUGCUCCUGAUGCUCCUGGCACUGGAAGCCACCGCCUCAAGGAACGUCCUAUGGGUGAUCGAGGGCACCUCCUGUGACCUCCCUUGGCAAGCCGCCCUCUUCAAAGGCGACCGCUUCAUCUGUGGUGGGACCCUGGUGGACAGGAGCUGGGUGCUGACGGCCGCCCAUUGCCACGUCCCCGGCUUCAUCAACGUGCGGUUGGGGGGCCGGCGCCACAAGGACUCCAAUGGGCCCGAGCAGAGGAGGCACUCGGCCAUGGUCUUCAAGUACCCCUGGUACAACGAGACCAACAAGGAUGGGGACCUCAUGCUCAUCAGGCUCCACCUCCCCAUCCACAUCAACAAGCAGGUGAAGCCCUUGCCAUUGGCCACCCAUUGCCCCGUGCCCGGUAAGACGUGUCAGAUCUCAGGAUGGGGGUCCACCACCAGCCCAGAAGUGACCUUCCCCGAGGACCUCCAUUGCACCAAGGUGACCAUCAUCCCGCAGGACCAAUGCCACCGCAUCUACCCCGACUCCAUCACCACCAACAUGGUUUGCGCCGGUGAAUCCCGCAGCCGGGCCGACUCCUGCCAGGGUGACUCCGGGGGACCUCUGAUGUGCGAUGGGCGCCUCCAAGGCAUCGUCUCUUGGGGUCCCGGUGUCUGUGGGGACCCCAAGAAGCCCGGGGUCUACGUCAACCUCUGCAAGUACACGCGGUGGCUUCAGGAGACCAUGAGGAGGAAGUGAGAGCUCCCCACCCAUCCUCACC